CCAUACAUUACAUAAAUAAUCAUAAACCAGUAUUAUUAGUCUGUUCUGUCUUUCAGUUUUUAUACAGUCUAUGCUAUCAGUAGAGAAGAAAGGAAAAAAAGACAUCGCGAAUCGGAAGACACGUAGAUGCGUGACGUAGAAUGUGUUGAGCGAGCUAAGAAAGAACAUGGCGGCUGACGAGGACUCGGAAGAUUAUUUUGUUAGAGAAAUAGAGAAAAAUGACGGGUCUGUUUUAAGAAUGUAUCAGUGCAGCAAAGGGGACGUGGGCUGUGUAGUAUGGGACGCUGCUAUAGUCCUGUCAAAGUACCUCGAAACGGAACAGUUUUGCAGUGUUCAGUCUGGAGUCAGUACGUGGUCCUGUAAGAACAUUAUUGAAGUGGGCGCAGGAACAGGACUCGUGGGUCUCGUGGCCGCGACUCUGGGGGCAAAUGUCACAGUGACAGAUCUGGAAGACCUGCAGCCUCUCCUUCAACUAAACAUCAAGAAAAAUCAGCAUCUCAUCCGGACAGGCUCAAUCACAGCCAAGGUACUGAAAUGGGGAGGAAAUGUCGAAGAAUUUCUCCCUCAUCCUCAUUAUAUUCUGAUGGCCGAUUGCAUCUACUAUGAGCAGUCUGUGGAGCCACUGGUGGAGACUCUGAAACUCUUGGCUGGACCAGAGACGUGUAUCAUCUGUUGCUAUGAGCAGCGCACGGUUGGCGUAAAUCCUGAAAUAGAAAAGAGAUUCUUUGAGCUACUUCUGCAAGAAUUCCAGUCAGAGGAGAUCCCACCUGAGAAACAAGACCCCGAGUUCAACAGUCCUGACAUUCGCAUUCUCCACCUGCGACGAAGAGUCGACUGAAUGGCUUUAUUUGCUCCUCUGUUUGAAAUGACGAGGAUGGGUUGGGUGUGUUUGUGUUUCAGUGGACUGUGGUGGUGUUGGUCAGAUGUUUGACACUGAACCAUAUGAAUACAAACUGUUUUUAAGUGCUUAUCAUGUGGUACGGGAGGCCGGCCUUAAUGUGAACUUAUGGGUCUUUGCAGACAAACACAGUUUAAGUGAAUGGUUCUGUGUGUGUUAAACUGGCAACAAUAAAUCUCAAAUGUGUUUUUAAGAUACCGAUUUAGAGAAUGUUCAACUGAGUGUAAUCUGUUAAUAAACAUUUUCUAAAAUGAAGAAAAAGUAACUGAAAAACCUUUAGAACCCUAACCCAAGUAUAAUAAAAAAAAAAAAAAAUUCUUAAGAUUUAAGUAACUAUGUCUGGAUGGAGACAUACUUUGAC